AUGAUCUCUACCGGCCUGAACCCUCACCUCAGCGCAGGAAGCACCAAAAUGGCCACUGUUCCAGCGCUGGCCGCAGCCAAAGCCGAAGAAACGACUCCAGAGUCGCGCGUCCUAAUCAUCAUGACCGGCGGCACAAUCUGCAUGCAGCCCUCACCAGCCGGCUUCAUCCCCGCGCGGGGAUUCCAAGAAAAAUGCAUGGCGCGAGUCCCCACCUUCAACGACGGCUCGGCCAGCGCAACAAUGGACGUGGUCGCUAACGCCGCGGGCGAAAUAAAAGAACAUCCAAGCCUACGCACACCGAUGACAGCCUACGGACGACAGGUCCGGUACACGGUUUUCGAGUUCGAGGAACUGCUCGACAGCAGCUCGAUUGACGCAAAGGGCUGGGCUCAAAUCGCCGAGGCGAUCGAGCGGAAUUACACCCUCUUCGACGGGUUCGUUGUCCUGCAUGGAACGGAUAGUCUGGCGUACACGUGCUCGGCGCUCAGCUUUAUGCUGCAGAAUCUUGGGAAGCCGGUUGUUCUUACUGGGUCGCAGGCGCCUAUGCUUGAGCUGCAGAAUGAUGCUACGGAUAAUCUGCUCGGGUCAUUGGUUGUUGCAGGUCAUUUCAUGAUUCCUGAGGUGUGUUUGUACUUUAAUAAUCGGUUGUUCCGCGGGAAUCGGACGACGAAGGUUGCGGCGAGUGAUUUUGCCGCGUUCGAUGCGCCGAAUUGUGCUCCCUUGGCGGUUACGACUUCUAUGCGCACUAAUGUUAAUUGGGAUAUGGUGCAUCGGCCGACGAGCUUGGUGCCGUUUAGUAUUCAGACGAAUCUGGAUACUACCCAUGUUGCUUGUCUGCGUAUCUUCCCUGGUAUCAAGCCCGAGAUGGUGGAUGCGGUGCUGAAACUGGAUGGCUUGCGCGGGUUGAUUCUUGAGACUUUUGGCGCAGGAAAUGCGCCCUCCGGUCAGGAUAAUGCCAUGAUCAACGUCUUGGCCAGCGCUAUCCAGCGGGGUAUUGUUAUUGUGAACAUCACACAAUGCCUCACGGGCAGCGUUAGUCCGGUCUAUGCCACAGGCAUGAGUCUCUCCCGAGCAGGUGUCGUAGCCGGUCUCGACAUGACAACCGAGGGAGCAUUGACGAAACUCGCCUAUCUCCUCGCUCUGCCAGAAUCCACACCGGAAUCCAUCGCCAAACGCAUGUCAGUAUCUAUCCGAGGCGAACUCACUGAGUCAUCCCUGCCUAUCUUCCGACACCCGGACGGCGCACUCCCCGAACGCAUCCAGACACUCACAUCAAUGGGGUAUGCCAUCGCCGUGGGCGACCUGGAGAAGGUCCAAGCCAUCACCAAGACCGAACACCACUGGCUCCUGAACGACGCCGAUUAUUCCGGCAACACGCCCAUCCACCUAGCAGCAACAUCCCCGUCAAUCGAAAUCCUCCACUUCCUCCUAUCUCAAGGCGGCUCCGUGCACCUCCGCAAUCGCGCCGGCCGCACCCCGCUCUUCCUGGCCGCGAACGCGGGUCUCUCCGAGCACACGCUCCUCCUCCGCAAAUCCGGCGCUCAUCUGCAUUCGGACGAGCGACCAGCCGCCGAACUCCUGGCGCGUCAUCGCCCCUUCGUUUGGGGUAUGGCUGGAGUUGGGCCGAAAGAGAUAAGCCAGCGGGAGAUGGAGGAGUGGGAACAGGAUGGUGCUAAGAGCCGAAUGAUUCCUGGGUCUGCGCCUUCUUAG